AUGACAAGUACUACAUUAAAUUUACGUAAUUACAUGAAUGGUAGUGAUGCGUGCAUUUUUCGUGAGCAUCAUGCCUUAACAGAUGAUGAUGUAGAAUUCAUUACAACUUACCUACCAUUAGAUUGUCGAAGUCUUAUUUUUAUUCAUACAGAAUUAACUGAUACUGGUGUCAAUCAUAUAGCUACGAAUCUGCUACUACGUGGUGGUAAUAAUUUAACGAAUUUAUCUCUGAUUGAUGCUUUUGUCACUGAUGAAGGUGUGAAAAGCUUAUGUGAUGCAUUAAUAUCGAAUAAAAACAAUAAAAUUCAAAAGCUAAAUUUGUCGUUAAAUAAUAGCAUCACAUGUAUUGGUGCACGAGCUAUAAGUAAGCUCUUUGAAGACACAAAUCAAAGUAAACUGGAAGUAUUAGAUCUUAGUUAUACGAUGAUUGGAUGUGAUGGCGUCUAUGGAUUGUGUCUUCAUUGGAAACGACAACGAUUUGUUAUCAAUCCAAAAUUUUCAUCAGCUAAAAUCAAACAAAUGUCUCCAUUAAUUAAUCAUAGUAUCGAGGCAUCAAUGACAAAAUUAACUGAACAAUAUCAAAUUGAUGAACCACUUGAUAUUUAUUCAUUUUUUUAA